GUGGCCACAGUCGUGUUUCAACACUUGGCGGCACCACACCUAGAAAAUUCCAGCGGAAAGGGAUCAGUAUCCUGUGAGGAGGGAGAAACUAUCGAUGCUAGCCAAAGUAUUGGGCUAUGGCUAUCUGCUGGCCUAUGUGAUCUGUCUAUUCUGCUGGCCAGGAGAGGCAUAUCCGGCUAGUACUAGCUACCGGGAUCUGGAUAUUUGUAACCACUGGGAUGGACGCCGUCACUUCCUCGAGCUUGGAAGUCCAGCUGGAGAGCUACAUGCUAGGAAUGUGACCACGACAGCCUAUCGGAGCUCACCGCUUGGCUUCAAGAACGAUGCAGUGGCUGGAGAUGUGUGGUACCAGUGCAGCCUAGAGUUGGUCACUUGUGCGGAGUGCGUUAUACGAGUGGCCUUCACCUAUGCGAACUUUUCCAAGAGCUGUGGCAACACCGGUGGCAAAUCCAGCAUGUGUCCUUGCGAACAUAUUCAGUUCUCGGAGCCGCCUUACGACUCUACCAUUUCUGGUCAGGAGUUCUGUGGGGAUGGCAAGGUGUUCCGGAGCAAAACCAGGACCCUACAGUUGAAAUUCUUCUAUAGGGCCAACAAUGCCCACGUCUUCUCCUUGCAGUACUUCUCGGAGCGCAACGUACGGAUAGUCAGUGGUUCCCCAAAGCAGUCAAUUGUGGGCAAUGGGAGCACGAAGUACCAGCCGCAGGUGAUCUCCACACCGUACUUCCCCAUGCCAUAUCCACGCGAUUACGGCAUCGAGCACAUCCUUACCUGUGAGGCGGACAAUUGCCAAGUGCGGUUAGACUUUACAGAUUUCCAGCUGGGUCUUGCCUCAACUUUGGAGAUCUUCGACUCCAAUGGCCAAAUGUUGGACUCCUAUACGGGAGAGCACUUUCGACCGCCCAUCACGGUGAGUAGCGGAAAGUCGCUGCUCCUACAGUUCCGUGGAAAUUCCGCCACAGGAGUAGGUUUCCGAGCGGAAGUUAGCUUUGUAUCGUCUAAGCAGCUGAAGGACGAACGUCUAGUACCCUACACAGACUGUGGAGGAAUGGUCACAGGACCCGGUGGCGCCAUAACCAUGAUGAACAUGAUCGAAAAUACCACGGAUGUGAGGCUCUUUGACUGCAUUUGGAUCAUAAAGCCCGGUAAUAACUACAUGAUGAUGAAGACCCAUAUCUCCUUGAGGGUUGACGACUUCUACGGUAUGGCCGCCCGAUCGGAGUUGACUAUCCGGCAGGGCACAACAUCCGAUGCUGUAGAGAUCGAAAAUGUGAUGUGGCCGAACAAUGGCCUGAGCAAGGAGAGUCAUGUGGCACCUAUCCUCAACGGAUAUUAUAUUCGACUCCGGGGGGUUUUCGGAAUGUCAUCCAAGCUGGCCAUUGUCUACAGCGUCUUCAACUAUUUGAAUUGCUACAUUGGCUCGGAGUUUCUGUGCGGGAAUAACCACUGCAUUUCUAUUCGACUCCAUUGCGAUGGCUUCGACCACUGUGGAGAUGGUAGCGAUGAGCCGGAUUCCUGUGAGGAGGACUGGGCCCACCUCCACCACGAUAGGCGCUGGUAUUCCCACAAACCCAAUUACUACUUUCCUAAGAUAGACCAGUAUCCGGAUCUCAAGACAGCUACGGGUAUCUUCAUUAUAAGCACGCUGGGAAUAUUCGGAGUGCUUUCCGGCUGGAUGGUUAUCUUGUAUAGAAUGGGGGUAAGAGCACGUCACCAGAGGGAGCUGCAGAGCCACCUGCAGACGAUAAGUGAGCUGCUGGAUCGGCAGGACGAGGAUCGCACGCCCGAUGAACCACCGAGUUACGAAGCGCCACCUGAUUAUGAGGAGGUGAUUAAGGUGGGGAUGCAACAGGAGCUGAGGGAGCCGCGCCGCCAGAGACGAGCCCGUCGUGCUCCUCCUCGGGAUCGCAGCUGCAGUCGCGCCGCCAGCAACUGCACCAUGCAGUCGGUACUCCCACUGCACCGUAGCUGCAGUCUUGAUAGAGAUCAGGAACAGCCCAGCACAUCGGCGGCGGCAAUGACCCAUGCCGUGGCUGCUACGGACACUACAGAGGAUGCGGAGCAGGUUCAGACGAUGGCCCAGCGUAUGCUUCUCGCCACGGCUAUUUGUGGCAAUGCAGGCACGUCUCUCCCGGCAGCAAAGGAGCCUGCGAUCCGGGUCCAAUCCGUGGGGAUUUCAACGGGCCCGUUACCGUUAUCCGCUGGGGGUGAAUUAUCCACAGCCGGUGGGUCAGCUACAACGCCCGGUAGCACGGCAGAUGAGUGCACCCAGGGAGGCGACUCACUCAGCAUUUCACUCACUCUAGGACUGCCUUCUACGACAGUCGAGAGCCCGGAGAGCUCCGACCAGAACCAAUACCAGAACCAAAGUCAGGAGCAAACCAGCAGCAAUUGCACGGAGCACACGUACCUAAAGAGAUCGUGGUUGGUGGUGCAACAGGUUCCACCUGGAAGGGGUUACAGGGUCCAGAGACUGCGACACACUUUCUCUUCGCCUGAGGCCUUCACUGGCGAUGAGCUGCAGCUGCCGUAUCCGGAUUUCCUGAGCUACGGCACCAAUCUUCCACACGAACGGAGUAGCAGCAAUUUUGGAUCAGAAUUGUCGAGGGAUCCAUCGAGUUAUAGCGUGGGAAAGCGGGCUCGCUUGACCACCGAAGAGACAAGUGAAUCGGAAACCAUUACUGGGGAAAGGCAGUACUCCAACCAGACCCUCCAAUCCCAUGUGAUAGAGGAGAUGCCGCCCAAUCAGAGCGAAAGUGAAAGCGAAGGGGAACAGCAGGUGUCCUGCUUUGGAGCCGUAGCCCAGCGGCCCAAGCGGCGUCAUCGAGGUCAUGUAAGGAGCCGGUCUUUCAGCAAUACAGGAGCUGGCAGUGCCGGAAGGAGGCGUCUAAUCCAGCGAAGUUCAUCGGCUGAUCUUCUCAUGAACUAUGCCACAAUGGCAGUUUCGACGCCACAGAAAAGAUCAGAGGGCAUGCAGCGAUUAUUCUUUAUCUGAGCGGGUAAUCAGAAUUUGGAGUGAUUAAGUGGAACGAUAGUAUUAAAGCCUGGUGUGAUUCUGGUCGGGAUCUGGUCACAGUAAAAUAUAUCUGUUCCUUAUUCGAAUGUUAUUAACCUUAUUAACUUUGAUUAAUUAGAUACUGUUGGCUGUUUUAACAUAUUUUCCAAGAUUUUUAAAUUGAUUCAAACCAAUUUUACCAAAUAGGAACAGGUAUCUACGUUUGUAUUCUAUAUUAUAUAUACCACACCCAAUUAAAAUAAAUAACAUUAAUAAUUAGCA